CUCCCAACCAAAAAUUGAGUCUCUCUCUCUCUCUCUCCUCUCUCUCAAUCUCUCUCUUACAGCCUUGAAGGAAGUGUUUCCUCAAGGCCUGGAAGUAUAUCACUCAACCUUACACUCAGAGAGAGAGAGAGAGAGAGAGAGGCUGAAGGAAAUUGUUUCCCUGAGGCCUGGAAGUAUAUAUAUCACUCAACCUUACACUGAAGAGAGAGAGAGAGAGAGAGAGAGAGAGAGAGAGAGAGAUGGGCAGAAGUCCAUGUUGUGCAAAGGAAGGGUUGAACAGAGGGGCUUGGACUGCAAUGGAAGACAAGAUUCUUACAGAGUACAUCAGAGUUAAUGGUGAAGGGAAAUGGAGAAACCUCCCCAAGAGAGCAGGUUUGAAGAGAUGUGGGAAGAGCUGCAGGCUUCGUUGGUUGAAUUACCUAAGGCCUGAUAUCAAAAGAGGAAACAUAACCAAUGAUGAGGAAGACCUCAUUAUUAGGCUUCACAAACUCCUUGGAAAUAGGUGGUCUCUGAUAGCCGGAAGGCUUCCAGGGCGAACAGACAAUGAAAUUAAGAAUUAUUGGAAUACGAACAUUGGCAAGAAAUUCGUGCAAGCUCCUCACCCAAGUCCUACCUCCAACCGCAAAGCGUCCAAUCAAUCAAAAGAAAAGUCACAGCCACCUCCACCGAGGAUAGGAUCAGGUGUGGUCCGGACCAAGGCAUCGCGGUGCACCAAAGUUUUCAUCAGACCAGAGCCACAGAAUAGUACUGAUGAUCAUCAUCAGCAACUGCUGCUUGACCCCAAGCCAGUACUGGGAGGAGGACCAACAUUUCAUGGCUCUGAUUGUGUCGGAGCGGUGGCGGGUCUCGAUCCGCUCCAUGACAUAUCACCGUUCAUGAUUUCCGCGAAGGACGAUCCGUCCGAUUUCAUCGUGGAUUUCGAAAUGGACGACAAGUUCUUAUCCGACUUCCUCAACAGUGAUUUUCCUUCGCUCUGUGAUGAGGAUAUUGAGACUAAUUACACUAGCUCCUCAUCUUUGAAUUCUUCCCCUACUGAUCUCUUCUCGACUGACUCUGUGAAAGCUCGAUUUUCGGAUAAAAUGUUUAAUGACUCGGAUCUUCAGUCGAUGACACCUCUCCUGGGAAUAGAGUGGCUUCAAGAGUAGAAAUAAAAGUAAAAUGAAUGAGAAUUUAGGUUCUGUUUAAUUGGGUCGGGCUUGAAAUUAAGAAGGUUUUUUGUUCUUCUUUUCUUUGUAAAUAUUGAAUAAGGAAACAUGUUCACUGGACGUAGCUAUGUUGUUAGAAUUGUAACUAUAAUGCCUAACGUGGGAGGAAUUCUAUGAGGUAAGAUCUUUCUAUUUUGGGCAUGUCCUGUGGUGGUAGUGGCGGUGGCGGCAGUGGUCGGAUACCCUCUAUAUAUAUUACUCUUUGAUCUC